AGUCUAGCCUGACGAAGCCGCCAUUUCAAAACGCAAAGGAGUGACAGAAGCAGAGGGAAAUUUUGUAUAUUUUUUAUUUUUCUAAUAUAUUUUUUUAUUUUUAUUAGCAAGUAAAUAUAUUACUUUUUGAAUCUACCUCGCCUGCAUCACCAGCUGAAAUGGAUGCAGACACAGAAGAAAAGGUGACAGAAACUUCAAAAAUUUCCAAGGAUGAAUCUCAGAAACCCUUGAAGGACAACAAAUUUAGCAGGGGUCGUGGCGGGUUUAAAAGCCGUGGCCGAGGGGGUCGGAUGAGUCGAGGCAUCAUGCGUGGUGGGCGGGGCAUGAUGAAAGGGUUCGGUCCACCUGGAUUUGGGAGGGGUCGAGGGAAAGAUGGAGCCAUGAAUGGAUUUGCACCCAUGAGAGGAAUGAGGAGGAUGCGACCUUACCCAGACCUGAGAGGUCAUAGAGGGAGAGGUGGACCAAUGGGCAUGGGCCCUCCCCCUCCUCCGCCUCCUCCCCCACCUCCUCCCAUGCACCUCAGAGGGCCCUUCCCACCCAUGCCCAGGCAUGGACCUCCUCCACCGCCUCCUCCAGGUCAUCCUGGUUUCAGAGGGCGUCCACCACACCAUCAUGGCCGUGGCAUGCUGCCCCCUGGACCUCCACGUCACUUCCACCCCCGCGGCCCAAGAGGCUACCACAAUGGACCGGUCUCUCCUCCGCCUCACCCCCCACCUGGCAGAGGCCAGAGGUGGCCAGGGCCCCCUGGUGGCCGACGCUUUUAACACAGCCUGCCCUAAAAACAAUAACCAAACACUUGUUAAUGUAGAAGGGGACUAAAGUGGUGCAGUAAAUGAAAUGCCCCUUAAUUAUGUGUUACGCAAAGUCUCUGAGUAUCUUCAUGACAUACUCUGUGGCCAAAUGUGUGCUUAUUGAUAUUGUCUACUGGCAAAGAAAUAAUGUGAAAAUGACUAAUGAGAACAUAAAAUGCCUCACAACUUUGACGUGAAGGCAUCCUGUUAUCGAUGUUAAAGAAAUACUGUUGGUACUGUAGGAACUAUUUGACAUUGUUAAGAAAAAGCUAUUCUCAAAUGGAGGAAAGUUCUUGUCAAAGUUCAUUAAAUGUUCUGUGGUUCUUGUUACGGUCACCCUGUGAGCCUUAAGAAGUUUUUCCUGAUCCAUAAUAAAGAAUUUAAAAAAAGGGUGACGGUGUAUAUUUAAAGGUGGGGAAAGAAAAAAUAACGAAAGAGUGCACAACAGCCCUCAAGCACCACUGUUAACUAGCUUAGAACACCUUGGACCUCUCUAACCUUUCCUUUUGUUACAUGGAAAUAGUUAAUGUAUUAUAACUUCACCAAGCAGUGCAGUAAAUAUUGUUUAACACACAUUUUUUUCAAGUGAAAAGACAAUACUCCAAUUGUCAAGUAUUCAUGAGUAUUUAAUUUUAUAUUUUAUAUCGUUAAUGUGCAGCUAUUUGCUGUUUGGAACGUUCAUGUUUGUCUUCAGCAGUCUAUUGUAACGGAAAAAGGCAUUAUAAAUGAUAGUAUACUGAAAUAUAUAUCAAGUAGAUUUUCUAAAUGAAAGCAAAUUUCAUUAGUAUUUGCUGCAGUUAAGGAUAAGAAAUUCUUUACUGUGUUUAGUUAUUUUUGAAGUGUCAUAAAUACGCUUUUCACUGUAAUUAACAUAACUUUUGUGAACUUGUGAUGUGUUUGAUGAAUACAGUCAAGACUCAUGACAUAGUCGUGGAGAAAAAAAAUAAAAGUAAAAAUAAACUCAACUUCUCUUUUUUUGUUUAUUCACAAACAAGUCUGAGAGUUGUCAUUAUAAUUUACUCUGUAAUAUAUGGAAGAGAAUGAACUGCAAUGUCAAACUAGUGCUGUUCACAGUGGCACAGUAACAGUGUUUCUUAUUUGUAAGUGAGCAUUUGGUAACUGUAAAAACGCACAGAAUUAUAUAUAUUAUAGGACCAAAAGCCCUUAAUGAACGUAAUAUUCAGCGUGCUGAGGGGCUGAAACUUACUGCAGAUAAGAAAAAUUUUGGACAAGUAAUUCAUGAAUUGCACUUUUCUAACUUGAACUUCAUUCACUCAAGUGCAUUGUUAUUUGUUGCCGUGUAAAUUCAACUGGAGGAUUCAGAACCGCUCCACGUGAAAAGUGAUAAAAUUAAACUUCAAGCCACAGUUCAAAUUCAGUGGUAGCAUGUCUAAAAGGAGGACAUCAUCUGCAAAGGAUAAACACUCUGAUAUGACCAAGGACUUUCACAUUUUCCUGCUGCUAUAAUAAGAUUUUGUCGUUUAACUUCAAUUUGACUUAAAAGGCGACAAAGGGAUUGGAAGAAUCUCACCAUUAUGGAUUAUGUAUGUGUUUUUCUAUGUUCGUAAUACUUAGAAUAUCAUAUUCUUAUGAUAUAUUAUUUAUCCUAUGCUGCUGUGAUUUUUUACUUUCUAUUAAAAAUAAAAUUUGCCUUGCAUGCAUGUAAAUGUAUGUGCAUAUGAAGUUGCUGUAGCUUUUUGUAGCAAACAAUAGUAACAGAUUUUUAAAUGAAUGAUUUACUCUCGAAUCAGUGAGACAUCAGACGCAAUCUCAUGAAACAUUAAAUAAAGAGGAAACCUAUUAAAACAUUUGUGCUUUGUGAAUGCAUGUAGCUCUUUUCAUACUGUGCCAAUUAAGGCUUCCUAUCUUAAUAAUAAAGACGUAACAAACCCCUGCUGUGAUGCAAAAGUCAUCUAAGGAGGCAUAUAUUAUUAAUACUGGAUGUUGUAUUCACUGCUGGCAAAAACAAGGAUUUCAGCAUUAUCUCUGAAUGAAAGCAUUUAAUUUUCUGAGCCUCUCAGGCACUGCAGAGUACCUCAAGAGGUAUUCGACACAGCAAGUCUGUUUCAUAAAUUAGCCACGACAGGUGUUGCACUCGCCUCCUCCUCUGUCUGUCUUUUCCCGUCUCUUCAGCACUUUCAGUACAUUUUGCUGCCUCUUCAGUCUCUGCAGUCCCUUCUUGUUUCUCCCUUUGGUUUGAGUAUAACAGCCUGACUGUUGUUGUCUCCUGAAGGGGGGGCACACAGUACAGUUAACCUCCCGGGCCCCAGGAACCCCAGGCCCUCCCUCACAUCUCUCCCCUCCUUCACCAGCGGUGUGACACCUGAGGUCCGGCACUUCACUUGAAAAGGUGAGCCUCCUCUUGUGUCUUAAUCCCUAAACCCCUCCUUCUCUGAUGCCUGGAGAUUCUCUUUUUCAGGAUGGAAGUUGGAGCGAUGGCGAGGUCGUACCAAACUCGGUAAGACAUAGAGUGCUAUUAAUAGUGAUAGUAAUAUAUUAGUAGGGCUGCACGCUAUUAGGAAGAUAUGUGAUAUGCAAACCCGAAUGGAAUCUAAUUUUUCUGCAGUUUUGGGGAUUCAGAAUGUAAAUCUAAACUAAGCAGGGUUUUUUUUUGCUAGUAAUGUGGGUCUGUCAUGUUUUCCUUUUCAAAUAUCAAAAUAUGUCUAAAAGUACACAAUAACAUGAGUCCAACAAAUGUUUUUCUAACAACUUAACUAUGUGGAAGUGAGGUUUCCUACCUACUUGAAAAGCAAAAACAGGUCAAGACUAUUUUUCUUUAUGUGAACUUUGUAUCAAAUUAUGAAGUUUACUUAAAAUUUAAUCUUUUUUUUUUCUUUAAAAACAAAAACAAGAACAGGCAGUAUAAUUAGGCCAAGACUUCAUUUGGAGGCUGUCAUGGCCAUCUGAUUUCCUCAGGUUUAAUAUGCAAUUUUACAUUAUAAAUGUAGCACUAGGUCCCUGCUCUGUCUUUCUUUCAGCUAAGGGGUUCUUGAUAAAUGUUCAAGACCCCUGUGAUAGACAAAUAUUAAAUUAAUUUACUUAUUUUAAAACUGCGUUAUGUUGUAUAUGUAUGCAGUCGCAGAUUCCACGUUGGCCUGGUGAUAUGAGAUGACAAUGUUGAAUAUCACGCUAACUAUGUCACUUGCAAUAAAUAG